AUUUAAUUUAAUCACUUUCACUUGGUGCCUUUGAAAAGUUAACAAUUUAAAAUCCGUCUCAAGGUUUGGGUCAAUUUAAGUUUAACUAAUCCAAUCUCCACAAUUUAAAUUGUCUCAUAAAGUUAAUUUCACCUCAUCAUCUUCACAAUUAAAGUUAAUUAUGUAUCAACAAUUAAUUUCUGUUACCUUUUUAAUUGUUACUUUAGGUUCACAGUUAAUCAAUGGUCAAGCAGCUUCAUGUCAUAUGCGAGAGCUUGACCUUUGUACAGCAACGUUACUUGUGUUCACUCAAAAUCCACAAGGAUUACAAGGGACUGAGGCUGAAAUUGACCGACAGUGUGGUUACAUCAGAGAAGCUCAAUCGUGUCGGCAAAAUUAUACCCGUCGAUGUGUGACCUCACUCCAAAGAGAAAUGGUCGAUUUCUUGGCUGAAGGAGGUAAAACUUUGGCCGAUGAAUUUUGUACUCCUGGAACUGAGAUUCGUGCUGACUAUCGGAAACACGCCAAGUGCCUGAGUGAGGCUCGAGCUACGUCCAAACAAUGUACCAAAGAUUUACAACGAUCACUUGAAGAGGUCUCUCAGACCACUUGGGACAAUCGAGUGGCGAUGGCCUGUUGUGGAUACAACAGAUUCCAAGAGUGUUCGAGCCAAGUGAUUUCCAAUAGAUGUGGUGAUUCCGCUCUCGACUUGAGCCGUAAAAUUAUUCGACUCUCAUCUUCUCGUUUACCUGAAAUUCUGUGUCAAUCUUAUCCCUACUCGAGUUCCAAAUGUUCAGAGAUUUUACCCCCUGAAGGAACUGAACCUCUUGGUGCUCGAUCCAAUAGUGUUCUUUCACGAAUCUUUUCAAGUUACACUGGAAAUUGAAACAAUCAAUUUGUAGAGAAAACAUAAAGUCAAACAAUUAAUCACAACAAUCAAUAACCAUGAAUAGAAAAUAUCUCUUUCUGUUUAUAUCUCGUUUUUUCAAAUCUAAUUAAACAUAAUCACAAAUUUAUUCCUAAUGAUAAUUAAAUUAUUGGUUGAUAAACAA